GGAGAAGGACGGAGGAGGAGAAGAGGUACAGGCACAUUGCCCCAGAUGAAUCACAGUGAAGAAGCCAUGCUUUGAGUGAUACAUCGCUCUUUGACCUGAUGUUCUGUCUGGACUUCUGCCUGUCUGUCUGGCGUGAAUCCAUCCUUUGGAUCCCCUGUUUGCAUCGCUAGAAGCUGUGGAUGGUGGUUGAAAGACAACAUGAUCGACUAUGAGCGCCCCUCUCCAUUAGGCUUCGGGCCGGCUGGGAGGAGUAUGUUGGUUCCUGAGCUCCCGGCGCACACAUAUACACGCACACUGACGGCCAUGCCUCAGAGAUACUCCCACCAGAAGAGGAAAGCCAGCACAGCGGCUGCUUGGAGGAUGGAGAGGAGAUGCAGGGACCAGGGAAAAAGCAGCAACAACAACCCAACCAGCAGCCACAGCCAUCACUCCAAGAAGCUGGCCAUGCUCUCCAGGUCCCUCAUCCUGUGUCACUCUAAGACUAAUGAUGACUGUCCAGAACAGAGGCAUGCUGGGGAAGUGUCAGAUCGGUGCAGGACAUGGGGUCCAGGCUGGAGGACAGAUGUGACUGCUGGGGAUCAAACACAGUACAGAGAUACAGAGAACAGACACUGGAGGACAAGCCAACAAUCAGCCGUAGACAAAAGAGGAGGCACUGAGGCAGAUAACCAGCUGCAUCAUGCCACCACACUCAGGGAAAAUAAAAGGAGCAUAAGGAGGUCCUUCAGCAUCAAGGAGAGUAGUAUCUGGAGGAUGUGUGUAGCCACAGGGCCCACUGAGGAGGUGUGUGGACCACAAAUGGCUGAUAACAGUGUCCAGACAGAGGACAAAGACAUUAAUGUGGAGCCAGGGAGGAAUGGAGGGAAUCUACACAGAGGAUGCAGCUUCCUGAGCCCAGACAAGCAGGCACCCUGCAGUGUUGGGAUGGUGGGGGAGGGAAUGAGGAGCAUUCACAUUAAAGCCUAUAGUGAGGACAUUUCCACAUGUGAAGACACUCUCCAUUCGCAUAGUCUGACUACAGGCCCACAUCAUCUGGCUCUCAUUUCCCCAUCUGAUCUUCUAUCAUUGCCUGGAUACACAGAAGAACUUAUGGCCAACAAUAACCACCUCAAGUUACCCAUACCAGAGGUGAAUGAGGAGAGAUGCUGGGAAACAGAGAAGAUUGAGCAGAGCCCACCAGGACAGAUGGCCAGCAAUAGGACACGCUCCAAUUCAACCAGUGUUCAUCCUUACUGGAUUGGGGAUCUGGACAGCAUCAUCAUGAAGACCCCAGAGCUUUAUAAAAGUCAUCCUCAUGGGGAUGGUGGUUUAUAUGGAAACAGGAAGUCUCUGUCCCAGCAGCUGGAGUUCCCUCACACCACUACACAGCCUGUGCACCGUCCCUCUCGCUCUCUCAGCUCUGCCCAGCUGGUACACUCCUGCAGCAACAUGCAAGCCUUCAUAAUCUGUAAUAUUGUGCUGAUGAAAGGUCAUGGCAAGGGUCUGGGCUUCAGUAUAGUGGGAGGGAGGGACAGCAUGUAUGGACCAAUGGGGAUCUAUGUCAAGACCAUUUUCCCUGGAGGGGCAGCAGCUGCUGAUGGAAGGCUGCAGGAGGGUGAUGAGAUCCUGGAGCUGAAUGGAGAGUCACUACAUGGUCUGACUCAUGAUGAAGCCCUGCACAACUUCAAACAAAUCAAAAAGGGCCUGCUGACUCUGGUGGUGAGGACCAGCCUGCGUGUGGGGGCUCUGCGUGGUCAGCUGCAGGCAGCUCAGCUUUGCAGGUCGCACUCCCUCAGCUCCACUACAGCCAUGGCCAGGGUCAGUGCUGACAUGGGAGACUACAACUACCUGAACAACACCUGCAGUAACACACUGAGCAUCCCGGGUCAACCCGCUAAACCCAGAGACCGCAUCAUGAUGGAGAUCAUCCUACAGAAAGAGGCUGGUGUUGGUCUGGGUAUUGGCCUGUGCUGUGUUCCAUCUGGUGACGGAUGCCCUGGGAUCUACAUCCACACCCUCUCUCCUGGAUCUGUAGCACACAUGGAUGGUAGACUCCAGUGUGGGGAUGAGAUCAUGGAGAUCAACAACACUGUGGUUUACAACAUGGUGCUGAAUGACGUCUACACAGUCAUGAGCCGAUGCACACCAGGUCCAGUCCACAUCAUCAUCAGUCGACACCCCGACCCCAAAGUAUCAGAGCAGCAGCUGAAUGAUGCUAUCGCUCAGGCAGUGGAAAACAGCAAACUGAGAAAGGAUAAGAGCCAGUGGAGUAUUGAUGGGCUGCGUAGACUCGAGUCUUGCUCACACAGCCGACAGAGAUGUGAGCGUUGUCUGGAGAGGAGUUUUAGUCAGCUGAUGGUUCGACGAGCACAGAAGACCAUGACCCGCUCCUGCAGCGACAACACCAACAGCCACCACCACAACCGCUGCCUCACCAUCCACAACACACACCAUAACCCAUCAGCCCGCGUCCACAGCCUAGACACACCCAAGACAUGGUCUGACAACAGACUGUCAGUGCCCGUGUAUCCUGAUGAAGACUAUAACGUCCCAUACAAUUCUCCUACUGCCAACCUGUCCAGUCAGCAGGCCCUGGAAUUAGCCUUCAGGGGCAACAAGUCCACCUGCAGGGUGCGUGCUGCUCCACGUCAGUACUGCUGGCCUCAGGAUGUGACCAGUGAGGAGGGUUAUAAUGGAGACUCCAGCGGCUCCAGUAGAGGAUCCCCAGUUAGAGAUGAAGGACUGGAGCCCUCAUCACACACCAGCUGCCAGCAGGAAGGAGAACAAAUAAGAGAACAGUCAGUGGGGAGCAAAGAAGAUUUCAAUCAUCCAGACACUGCAGCCUACACCAACAACAGACUACACACAGGCGAUUCAUUAGCUGUGCUCUGCUCACUGCCAAAGAGAGGAGCUCUGAGGAGACAGGCUUGUAUUGACCAAAAUUCUCAAGAGCAGCUUCAGGAUCCUUGGGUUCGCCUUUCAGACAGCUCCCCUGAAGAGCUGCCUGAGGUCCACCACCAUCACCGCCUUCACACUGCAGACAGGACGCAGCCUAACAACGUCCACAGCAAGCCUGCCACCAUGAGUGACGAAGAGAACACCCCUGAGCUCAACGGCACAGCCACAGACGUGACUUCAGAUCCUCAGUCCGACGUGAGACCUGAAAACACAUCUGAAGCUUCUCCAGAAGAGAAGAAGAGGCCUCCGGUGGCGCCCAAGCCGACCUGGUUUCGUCAGAGUCUGAGGAAAAUUCGGAACGAGCAAGACCAGAAGAAGCAAGCUAAACCCGCUGAGCAGAGGCCUGCUGUGGGCUUCAACAGAAGCUUCGGAGCCAGAUCUGCCUCAUCUGCAGCCAGCCUAUCAAUCAAACAAAAGAUCCACUCAUUUGAGACUUUUUCCAGUCCAGAGGGUGGUCCAGAGAAGGGGGGCAACAGGAGGCCUGUGGCCCCUUCCACCUCCCUUCCUCUGAUGGAGGAGGAGUCCAGGAGUCACCCUGCCUCACAUUCACAUGGAGAUUAUGGGAAAGGCAAAGAUGAAAUCCCCAAAGAGAUCCAGGCAAACCAGUCUGAAUCUGUUAGGGACACACUCAACACCCCCGUCUCUGCUACACCCUCUGCUAUCACCUCCUCCACUUCUGAAGCUUGUAGUCAAACAACAGCCAAGCCCCCUGAAGAUGAACCUCCCUCCAUCCAGUCCCCCACAGAUCUCCCACUUUCUGACACCAUCAGCACUGAUCUGGACCCAGGGAUGCAUGAUUCUCAUUCAGCUCCAGUCCAUGAUGACAGGAAUGACUGUCCAUCAAAACAGCAGUUUGAGCUAGAAAGAGUGGAUCUGAGCAGGUCCACAGAGUCCAAGGUCCUACCCCCUGCAACAUCUAUGAGAUCCAGUCAAGCUGAGGGGGAAUGUCCUCCAGAGGGAGGCGGAGCACAGAGCCAAGAACAGCCGCUGAGCACGACUCUGAGUGUUGCUCCACCCACAGAGAGUCACCCCCCAAGAGGCCUGGAGGGAGAGAGUUUAGAGAAAAUCCUCACCUUCAGUAACCAGGUUUCACAAGCGUUGAUGCACUCUCUACCCAUGUACCCCUGCCAUGGUAACCCUCGCUCCCCAAACCUGCAGGACCCCCCUGCAGUGGAUUUUACCAACCCUGAGGAGUCUGAGCCCGCCCUGGACAGCACCGACAGAGGAUUCUCUGUCAGCUUGGCCACGCUGAGGGAGUGUAGCAUUGAGCGAGGGGAGGGGGGCUCGCACGACGAGGCAGCUGUCACUUCUGCUCGUGCUUACUCUGUCAUCUCAGCCAUCCCUUCACAGGAAAUACAGAGGAUGAUCCAGGAAGUCAGAGCUCUUGACAAAGAGACGCUGAAGCAACUGGUGGACAUCCAUGUUGUGGUUCUGCAUAAGGAGGAGGGAGCUGGGCUGGGCUUCAGCAUCGCUGGAGGGUCUGACCUGGAGAGCAAGGCUCCUACGGUCCAUAAAGUGUUUCCCAGCGGCCUGGCAGCUCAGGAGGGCACCAUUCAGAAAGGAGACGAGGUAUUGUCUAUAAACGGACAAACGCUGCGUGGCGUCACACACGCUGAUGCCACUGCUGUUCUGCGUCAGGCCCGCAGUCUGCCGCUGGCUGUGGUGGUCGUCUGCAAGAGAGCAGAGGAGGGAGGAAGAGAGGGAGGAGGCUGCAGGAGCGAAGAGCCCGACCCUGCAGCGGAGGAGCAGGGAGCGCCGGUGACUUUGGAGCUGGAGAAAGGAGCUGGAGGCGUUGGGUUUACUCUGGAGGGAGGGAAAGGCUCAAUCCAUGGAGACAGACCUUUAGUCAUCAACAGGAUCUUUAAAGGUGGAGCAGCAGAGCAGAGCGGUCUGCAGCAUGGAGAUGAACUGCUGCAGGUCCAGGGAGUCAGUCUGCAGGACAUGACCCGCUUUGAGGCCUGGAACAUGAUCAAGGCUUUACCUGAGGGACCCAUCACAGCGGUCAUCCGGAGGGGCCAGGGGGGGGCAGAGUGACAGACACAGCCGCUGGGAGCCGCUUACAGAUGAAGUGGCCAAAGAAAACAAACAACAGCACUCGAGGCUCACCGAGAUUGGCCUUUUAUUAACAAUCUCAUAGAAAUCAGGUAUCAGCCAAUCAGUGCGGUCCACCGUAGACAUGGUGGUUCAGAGAUUAAAUUGCUCUUAUUUUUAUAUCACAUUUCUGACCAGAUUCACCCAGGUCACCCCCAAAACCCACACUGGUAUCUAGCCAUGCAGAUAGUUUUGUGUCCCAGUUACUGUGAGUAAUCUACGGACCACACAGUCAACAUUUUUUACCUUGAGUAGAAAAUAGUCUCAAUGUGAGUUUCAGUGCGGUCUGUGGAUUAUCCUGCAACCUGCGGUGCUGUUUACAGUGUAAUGGGAUCCGGGUUGAUGAAUCCAGAGCCCGGCCAGCGUCAUGGGAAGAAAAAAAGCUAACGCAUUUGUGCGCACAAAUAAAUAAAAUCCUGCUCUCAGAUUA